AUGCCUGCGCCAGGCGACCAAUACAACGGCGGCCACGUCAAGAACCCCUUCGAAGAACGCGUCGUAAACGGCUUCACAGCAAAGGAAAUCGCGACAUUACAGAGUCGGCUGAACAAACAACUCGGUCCGGAAUACAUAUCGCAACGGCCAGGUAAUGGCGGUGGUAAGGUGGCGUACCUGGAGGGGAACAAGGCGAUAGCGCUUGCGAACGAAGUCUUCGGGUUCAAUGGCUGGUCAAGCUCGCUGGGGCAGGUGCAGAUUGAUUACGUCGACGAGCAUCAAAACGGCAAGGUCAGCUUGGGUCUCUCGAUAGUAGUGAGGAUCACGCUGAAGGAUGGCACAUAUCACGAGGACAUUGGCUACGGCUCAAUAGAGAACGGCAAAGGCAAAGCGGCAUCAUUCGAAAAGGCCAAGAAAGAGGCGGCAACAGAUGGCUUGAAGCGCUCAUUACGCACGUUCGGCAAUGUGCUCGGCAACUGCUUAUACGACAAAGAGUAUCUCAAGAAGGUCCAGGUUAUGAAGGUCAAACCCAUCAAAUUCCAGGAGGACAACCUCUACCGACACAACGAUUUCAAACCGCCACCCCAACCUGAGGAGCAAGCUGUAGUCAAGCAGGAGCCGCACAAGACACCGGUUCGACCCAACCAGGUCCUUCGUACGCGUACAGAUCACCUGAACAACGAGUCGUUCGGGGCUGAUUUUGACGACGAUGCGGACGAGAACUUGUUCGAUGGAGUUGAUGUCUCCGAGGGCCAUGGGGACGAGUUCUCAUUGUCAGAGACAUUGUCCGCUCCGGAGACGGCAGCGCCGCGCGCUAUCCAGCCAGCGAAACCAAAUGGUGUAUCUUCUGGUCGCACCUCACCAGUUCGCAACACAGGACCCCCUCGGCAGCCCAACGGCAGACCUCCACAAGCCGGACGUGGCCAACCUGGUGUGCAACAACAGCAACCAAACCAGGCACCCGGUAGACCUGCCCCUCACAUGCAGAACGGAAGACAGCCACAAACUCUUGUUCAACAGCAGCCUCGACCGGUGCAGAAUGGCGGUCGCAUGGCCCCACCAGCAAUAGACAACGGUGCUGCCUCGAGACCCGUAGCACAGCAGCCCCAGAACCAACAAGCCGCUCCUAACAACCAAUCUCUCCGACCAACCCCACCCCGAGAACAACCAUCGAACCAAGCACGACCAGUACCACAAGCCCAAGAUACGACCACACCCGCUCAAAACGCACCUCCGCCCAACCACCGACCCCCCGUAGGCUUCGUAACCUCCCGCGCCGCCGAGCUCCUUCAAGCCUCAGACUCCGCCUCCCUAACCAACCUCCCCUCCUUCAAUCCCAACGCCGACUCGCCCAUACCGAAAGAAAAACGCACCCCAGGUGUCGACCACGGGGCCAGCAAACCUAUCAAACGCGACGCCGUCGGCGCACCACCCGCCCCCCAACCACCACCCCAGCGACCAGGCGUCACAUCAAACGGCUCCUUCAACCGCCCCAACGUCGUAAACCCACACAUGCAAGCUGAUCGCCGCAUUGGCAUGCCCGGCGCGCCAAACUACGCCAUGAGUCCUAGUGCGAAUCGUGGCCAGUACAAGCCGCCUACCUUCAACGGUGCGGGGCCUGGUAAUGGUAACCCUGCUGCUGGUCCUGGUGCUGGUGGCCCUGGGGGUGUUAAGCGUGAAAGAGCUGCGUUGCAGGAUGUUAGCAAUGUGGGUGUUAAUGGGAAUGGGGGCGUGGGGAGUGAGGGGCCAGAGGCGAAGAAACAGAGGGUUGAUGCGCCGCCGGGGGUGGAGAAUGGCGGUGUUGUUGGUACGUGA